AUGGGCCCAGUGCCGGAGUGGUUGACUUUUCUGUUGGAUCUUAACUUUUUGUUUGUGUCCUUCCUCCUGGCAAGCUUGGCCCGGCUUUUGGCCCUCAUCUACAACCUGCCACACACAGUACUGACUUAUUUUCUCUACUUUGGGCGAGUCCUGCUCUCGUUGCUGGCCUUGGUUGAAGCACUGGUCGAAUUUACCUUUGUGGGGUUGCAGCAGUUGUUUGCUUUUCUCUACAGCUGCUACUCUAGCUUGGAGAGCUUAAAGCUCCUAGGGCACCUGGCCUCUCACGGAGCUCUGAGGAGCCGAGAAAUACUGACCAAGGGCAUCCUGAACAUGGUCUCCAGCGGCCAUGCUUUGCUGCGCCAGGCCUGUGACAUCUGUGGCAUUGCCAUGAGCCUGGUGGCCUAUGUGAUCAACAGUCUGGUCAACAUCUGCCUCAUCAGCACUCAGAACCUCUUUUCCCUGGUGCUGGCCCUGUGGGCUGCCGUGGCGGGGGCUCUGUGGUGGAUGACAGUCGUGCUGGCGGCUUUCCUCGCUCACCUUUCUAGCAGCAGGGUGGCCAUGGCCAACCUCCUCUGGACCCCCUGCCAGCUAGGGCUAGAGCUGUUGGCCUCAGUGGUCUUCCUCCUGGCCGGCUCUAUGCUUUCCAAUCUUACUAUUUUCCUGUUGUUGGUUUAUGUGUUGGCAGUGACUUUGACUGUGUUAUACCCAGAUUUUACCUUGAGGCUGGCCACCGGAGCACUCAAUCAGCUCCAUGCCCGACUAUCCUACCACCAGCUCCGAGAAGAUGUUCGGCUCUCUCGCCUGGCACUGGGUCUGGAGGCCUGGCGCCAAGUCUGGAGACUUAGCCUGCAGCUGGCCAGCUGGCCGAAUCAGGGAGGAGCGCUGGGGCCCCCCCAAGGUGUUGCCAGGAGGGUGUCUUCAGCCAGAAUCCAGGGACGGGACAAUCUUCAAGAAGACGACGACGACGUCGAUGAAGAAGAAGAAGACCUCAGGAGCUUCAGAUCGGCAUCCACAUCCACUAGAGGCCGAGAGAGACUCAAUGAGGAUGAACCGCCAGCAAGGCAAGACCCAUGGAGGCUGCUGGAGGAGCACGAGGCGAGGAAGAGAUGUAUCAUCUGCCAGGACCAAACCAAGACCGUGCUGCUUCUGCCCUGCCGGCACCUGUGCCUGUGCCAGGCCUGCACCAAGAUCCUCAUGCACCAACCUCUCUGUGUCCGUAACUGCCCACUCUGCCGCCGCCGCAUUCUGCAAACACUCAAUGUCUACCUCUGA